CCAAAUCUAUUUGAAUUGCAUCACUAUAAAAUAUUUGAACUUCCCCUCCUAACUGGAGCUAGGGAAUUCCUGUCAGUGGCAAGAACUCCUUCAUGCUCUGAUUCCUGCCACAAGAAAUGUUUAAUGUCUUCAAAGUUUUGGAAUGUCACAGAAGAGUCUUUGAGUGGUUAAGUUAUCCUUACAAGGCUACUGAGAGUCACCCAAACUCUAAGCUAACCCUGCUUCUUCUGGCGUAGUUUGUCCACCACCCUGCACUCAUCUCUCACCUGUGAAUCCUAGAAGCUGUCAGCAUGCAACAGCGACCACACCCUGGGAACGGCUUUGGUUAGUUGGCUAAACCAGGUGAGGGUAGCCGAUGGGACUCAACCCUUGGUGAGUUAGGGACUUCCCUAGCAUGCGAAGACAGACUCCUGCAGAUUGAGCAGACAAGACUAGUAUUGGGUCCAGCAGUCAAGAAGAUGGUUUCUGUACAUGCUGUGGAGGGAAGUGAGGGGCAGAUGGGGCUCAUCCACCUGGAAAGGUAGCCCACCAAGGAGAAGGAAAAAUCUGAUGCUAAAUCUCUGCUGCUUUGUGGAAUAUCUUCAGGAGAAGAAAAGGCUAAGGAGCAGGGCUUUUUCUCAGCCGGAACUUGCCAGAAGUCAGUUUCAGCACCUUUCAAGUGGGUGCUAUUGCCAUUCUAAGAGAAUGAGGGAGGUUUUCAUGGCUGCUAUUUGCCCUGCAAGAGAAAACAAAGCAUACAGACUUUCAACAAUUCCUUGCAGACCCAGCGACUCCAAAUUCCUAGAUACUGGAUUCCUAUCAUGCUGCUUUUUAACUGACCUGAAGUCAGCUGCAGGUUAUAUCAGUCUAAGGUCUUUUCAACAACAGAUGAACUUUUACAGUUCAAUCGUAUACAUUCCUACUCAGAGACACCAAAGAUGCUGACGAGGAAGAUUAAGCUUUGGGACAUCAAUGCCCAUAUAACCUGCCGCCUUUGCAAUGGUUAUCUUAUUGAUGCUACCACUGUAACGGAAUGCUUGCAUACCUUCUGCAGGAGUUGCUUGGUAAAGUAUUUGGAAGAAAAUAACACCUGUCCCACAUGCAGGAUAGUUAUACACCAAAGCCAUCCACUACAAUAUAUUGGUCAUGACAGAACAAUGCAAGAUAUUGUUUACAAACUUGUUCCAGGUCUUCAGGAAGCGGAAAUGAGAAAGCAGAGGGAUUUCUACCACAAAUUGGGCAUGGAAGUACCAGGUGACAUCAAAGGGGAGACGUGCUCAGCCAAGCAACAUUUAGAUUCCCACCGUAAUGGGGAAACAAAAGCAGAUGAGAGUACAAACAAAGAAACGUCGGAAGAGAAACAGGAAGAAGAUAAUGAUUAUCAUAGAAGUGAUGAGCAGGUAAGCAUCUGCUUAGAAUGCAACAGCAGCAAAUUGCGUGGAUUGAAGAGAAAAUGGAUUCGCUGCUCUGCACAAGCUACAGUCUUACAUCUAAAGAAGUUCAUUGCCAAAAAGCUUAAUCUUUCUUCUUUUAAUGAGCUGGAUAUAUUAUGCAAUGAAGAAAUUCUGGGCAAGGACCACACUCUCAAAUUUGUAGUUGUUACGAGAUGGAGAUUUAAGAAAGCACCUCUACUGCUACAUUACAGACCCAAAAUGGACUUGCUGUAAGAACUAUUUUGUCCUUCUGGACGGUUUUUUGCAGAGACUAUCAUCGGGCACCUUCUUAGUGCAUCACGCAAUUGACCCGUGACACAGACCAGCAGAAAUCAUUCCCGAGAACAGUAGUGCUCUCCUGUUCAACCACCCUGAAUCUUUCUCUGAGGGAUGCAUUAACCUGACUUUCUGGACAGAAAAAUAUUUAUACUUUUUUCUACAAAAAAAAAAAAAAAGGAUAUCGCAACUCGAGAGGACACUACCAGCACGAAGUUUACAGACAUUGAAAACACUUCACAGUUCCCUGUGUGUAGCUCAGUUCUUGGUCAUCAUCUUGCAAAGACGCAAAAUAGGUUUAAAGUGUUGUGAAGGAGAUGAAUUUCGAAUUUGUUGCCCCAAGCCACUUUUGUGUUGCUUCACAACGUAACUUAAAUGUGGCACAUUUUUUUUGCAAGAUUUUCUGUCUCUUUAUACCUCACGGCCAUCUUGUCUGUUAGUAAGCCAUUCCUAGAUUAUUUAACAUUGACAAAGAUCUAAUGGCUGGCAGUGAAUUUCCUGUGUUUCACUGUUCUAGACUGUUCUCCUUGGUUCCUUUGCUGAUGCAUUGGAUGAGGUUAUCGGAAGAUUUUCGAUUGUUUCCAUUCGUGGUUUUAUCAGUCACAUCAAAAGUGCUGAGCAUUUAGAACAUAGAUCUUGCGGAGCUGGGGCUGAUAUUGGACUGAGGGAUUUGCCUUUCAGUAAAUGAAAUAAGCCAUUGGCAGCCUUAACUACUUGAACUCCAGUCUUGUUCCUUUUGAACAACACUCUAAUACUAAUGCUACAGCACACUUUGGCGACAUGCGUUAGUACAUUGACUUUCUUUCUGGUUUCUGGUUUCCCUAGUAAGUCAGUUCUGUCCACCUGACUCUCUGCUGAAUUAACUUUAUGGGGGUCAGAUUUAGAUGGCAAUGUGGUACUUCCUGGCCUUAAUUAUAAAUCUUUAUUUAUUUUUUAAUCCAGGCCCCUAGGAAUGCAUUAGCCCCUCUAAACUAUGUAAGUACUGUCUCUCUCAAUAGAGGAUUGAACAGCUUAAAAAAGGAUAAAUGCUGCUCCACUUUAA